GACGACGUUUAAUGAAUGCAAAUAAUAAGAUAAACGUUCUGAUAAUAACUGUCAUCACGUUUUACAUAUCAACUAGGUAUAAAGAGUAAUUUCUUUACUGUUUAAUAUUUUUCGCUGCCGUAAUGAUCACUAAGGAAGUGUGGCUUCUAUGCAUUGUGUUGUCAACUAGUUUGGCAACAACAAUCAAUGUUUCCAAAUUCCCCAAAGAUUUUAUGUUUGGUACAGCAACUGCUUCUUACCAAGUAGAAGGUGGAUGGAACGAAGAUGGUAAAGGAGAAAAUACUUGGGAUGAAGUAUCUCACAGAGUGCCAUCACCAAUUGUGGAUAACUCAACCGGAGAUGUAGCUUGCGACUCUUAUCACAAAUAUAAAGAAGAUGUGGCGAUGCUGAAGCAUUUGGGAGUCACCCAUUACAGAUUUUCAUUAUCCUGGUCCAGGAUUCUACCCACAGGUUUCAACAAUAAGGUCAACCCCCUUGGAAUCGCUUAUUACAAAAACCUCAUCAAGGAACUUAGAGCCAACAACAUUGAACCAUUAGUAACUAUAUUCCAUUGGGAUACACCCCAACCAUUGGAAAACUUGGGUGGAUGGACCAACGAGCUAAUAGUUGAUAGAUUUGUAGAUUUCGCCAAAGUAGCCUUUGAAAAUUUCGGUGAUGAUGUUACUUAUUGGUUGACAUUCAACGAACCGAAACAAAUAUGCAACGAAGGCUACGGUAACAAACAAAAGGCACCUCUCGUUGAUUCACCUGGUAUUGGGGAAUACCUUUGUGCCCAUAAUCUUCUUAAGGCUCACGCUAAAGCGUGGCGUUUGUAUGACGAGCAGUUUCGUAGUACACAAAAAGGAAAGGUUGGAAUUUGUGUAGAUACAGCUUGGUUUGAGCCAAACACAAACAGUACUGAAGAUCUGGAAGCUGCAGAACGAGUACAACAAUUUUCUCACGGAUGGUAUGUCAGACCUUUAACCUUAGGCGAUUAUCCAAAAGUGAUGAAGAAAGUAAUCGCAGAAAGAAGCGCAUAUCAAGGCUUCAGUCAAUCACGUCUUCCAGAAUUCACUCAAGACGAAAUCGAGUAUUUGAAAGGUACUCUCGACUAUUUGGGUCAGAACUAUUAUAGCGCAGCAAUGGUACUAGAUGCUGUUGAUAAACGACUAGACGUUGUGUCUUAUAACGCGGAUGUGGAGGUUGAUAUGUACCAAAAAGAGGAAUGGCCUAAAUCGGCCUCAUCAUGGUUAAGGGUGGUUCCUUGGGGCUUCAGAAAAGUACUGAACUGGAUCAAGCACACAUAUGGCGAUAUACCAAUACUUAUAACAGAAAACGGUAUAUCAGACAAUGGUACUUCUCUAGAAGAUAAUAUGAGGGUUGACUAUUACCAGCAACACUUGAGCGCUAUGUUAGAUGCGAUGGAUGAUGGAGUCAAUGUGUUCGGAUUCACAGCGUGGAGUUUGAUGGACAAUUUUGAAUGGUUAAGUGGAUAUACGGAACGUUUUGGACUGUAUCACGUAGAUUUCUCUAGCCCAGAUCGAACAAGAACACCAAAGAAAUCACUGAAGUAUUUUAAAAAUGUGAUACGAUAUGGAUGUGUUUUAGGAAAUUCUACAUGUGAUUACUAAUUUGUUUUUUUUUGUAUUUUUAUUCCUUAUUAAAAGAACUGAUUAAAAGUUUUUUCAUUG